CUAAGCUCUUUUCUGUAAUCCAUCUGUUUGUGAAUACACCCCAAAAUCUAGACAGAUUUGCUUGCCAGUUUAUCACAUGACAUCAUUCUCAUACCUACACAUGGCAUGACAUUUCAGUGCCCAACCCACAUAAAACUGGACAGACCAUUUUCUUUGCAGCAGCAUCACUAGCAGCUUGUCUUGAUUGGCAUAAAAGUAAAAUACAAGAAGUUAUAUGAUCAAGGUUUAAGAUAUCUGUUAACAGUAGCAAAUGUAAAAGUGAAAUCUUUCACAAUCAAGACAAAUAUGUUUUUGCUGUUGUUUGUUUGUACCCAAUUUUGAUCCCAGCAUUUUCUUAUGAAACCCUUGUUGAAACAAAAUAGUGGCUGCACACAAGCUUGUUAAGAUUCAUCUCUCACAGUUCACACGAUACUGUAUAAACACAGUCUGAAGUGCUGUGGUAAGUCCACUUGUGUCCCAGCAGGUUGUGGUCUAAACAUGCCUGUUAUCGUCAUCCCUGUUUAACACAGAUGUCAGAGCUACAGUCGCUGUCAACACACAAAGUGCAGUUGGUGAUGUCAAAGACAGGUCAACACAUCAUGUCUCUGAGGAACUUGACUCAACAGGCAAUGGGCCACAACUUGACUCAGGAACAGAGUAAGAGGCGAACAAACAACAUGUGCGAUGCCAGAAGUGUUUGGAGAUGGGACACUGGACCUACGAAUGCACAGGGAAGCGGAAAUAUGUGCACAGACCAUCAAGAACAGUUGAGUUGAAAAAGAAACUCAAGGAGAAUGAAAACAAACCCCUCAGCAUCACUGGACCAGGAAGAGAAGGCUCCAGUGAGAAGAAAAUUAAAAAGAAGGCUAAAGACUCGAGUGACAGCAGCAGCGAUUCAGACGGCUCCUCCAGUGACUCAUCGUCAGACAGCAGCGACUCCUCCAGCUCCUCUUCAGAUGACAGCGACAGCAGCAGUGACAGCGACGAUGACAGCUCCUCCUCAUCCCCCUCCUCCUCCUCCUCUUCAUCUUCAGACAGCUCAGACUCAGGAAGCAGCAGCGAUUCAGAUCAAGGACCUCCAAGGAAGAAGAAAAAGAAGAAAUAAAUAACUAAGUGGGUUCUCUUGGUGUUAUUUUCCCUGAGUUAAUUUUAGCUGUCUGCUUUUUUUUUCUCAAACCUAUCACAGUUGGUUGGAUCUGCAUGGAUAGGACACAGUUUUAAUGGACUAGGAUGAGAGGAGAAGAGAUUAUUUUGAGUUGAUUGUUGUGUUAUACAGUACGUUCUGUUUUCAAAACACUUUUCCCCUGUUACUUCUACUAAUGAGAGAUUUUCUCAAGAUUGUAGGUCUACUGAGGAGGAUAUACAUCUUAAAUAUCUGACAAAAAGUAGUGUGCUUAUUCAUGUUGAAUCUUGUGAUUUUGUACUAAAGUAUAUUUUUAGUCAAACUGAAUAUGUACAGCUCAGAACCUUAAUAAAGCAACACCAUAUUUAGUAAUGAAAAGACAUUAGAAUGAGACCUUUUAAAGGACACUGAAAAAAUACAGUUUGUUAAAUUUUAAAUUUGUUUGAAGUUAAAUUGUCUUGUUAUGAAAUUGCAGUUGCUUGUUUCACUGUAAAAUAAACUUGGCUUGUUUUUGCUUUCAAA